AUGAACACUCCACCUCGUCCCGGCCAUCGCGCCUUUCCUGACAGUAGUCCCGAGAGCCUUCGAAGACUGCCGGGCGGUCCGUUCAACUAUAGCCAUGUAUCUCCCAGGACACCAGCUGAUGAGGCGGACGCCACUCGGGGGCAGUGGUCUCCCUGGAAGAAUCCUGCAGCAACGUUCUCACAGAAUAGCGAAGGCGGAGACGUUAUCCACCAGCUUGACCGAACCCUCUGGAUGAGCUGCUUGCUGUCGCGCUUAACGGAUUACGAAGCUAGUAUAUAUGCCCCGUUGGGCCAAUUCCUGGGCACCUACCUUUCCGUCUACAAAGAAAAGACAAACAAGACUGAAACUUGUCUUAUUACCUGCCCUCAGGGAGUCGUCCAUAAUCUUCCGCCAGAAUGGGCCGGUGGCAUCACCACCAACUCUAACUUGGCCGGGUCGCUCCCUGGCAUUUCUUGGGCUACCGAGAUAGCACAGCAAGAUUACCAGCAAGUUGACAACGAAUAUCGGCAAUACCAGCCGUCUGAUGACGACGACGACGUUGAGACCAUGGGAGACAUAUUUACGGUGACAAGAAACGCGAAGAAGAAAGUAUCGGAGGCUGAAAACCAGGCGUUGAAGAAGCGACCCCGGGUCAUUCCCGACUUCAACGGCAUCGUCAUCGAAAGGCGGGUGGAUACAGAUCAACUAUGCGACACCAACAUAAUCUUUACCGUGGAGAUCAAGCCUCCCAAGGAGCAGCCCCAGAGCAGGAGGAAUGCAAUUCGGAAGCUAGCUAACGGACAAGUACACACACAAGUCGCCUACAUUUUUACUCAGAAAAAACAUGAGGGCGAUUAUGUUCCGGCAAUCAUCGUGUACGGGCUCUACUGGACGUAUGCGGAAUUCGACAUCAAGAUGCAGUUCAACACUCUCAGAGUGUCAUCGGAAAUUCCAGCGGCGGUAGCGCACAUCCUCCAGAAAUUGAUGUCAGACAGCAAAGGCCUGAAAGUCGAGGGGGAGCCGGGAUCGGAGAGGAAGGCGGAGCCUGAGCUGGAUUACGAAAUGCGCUCCCAAGAGUCCGAGGAAGAGGGGACAGAGUCUGAGCCAGUGGAUCACGAGAUGCGCAGCCAGGAGUCCGAUCAAGAGGCGGAGCCCGAGCGCCGGGAGCACGAAAUGUACAUGGAACAACUUCUUGUCGCGGUCAGCAUCCUAACCCAGGAGGAGGUCGCCUCGGAGCUCAGCCGGAUCCUCAGAGAUAACACCGCCGGCAUCGCCGUGCAUACCUGGGAAAGCAAAUACGCCCUCACCCUCGCAGCCAUGCGUAUUCAGCACCUAUACCCCCUCUAUUGGCGCGACCGUAGGCUGGGGGAGACAAAAAAGGAAUUUGUUCACGGAAAAUCAGUGGCGCAAUCGAUUAUGGAGAGCAAGAUUCGGCACCGGGAGCGCGUUGCGCAGCUGGAGAAGCAGGUUCAAGAGCUCGAAGCGAAGCUCAAGUCCGCCAUGGCUUCUACGGCUGGUUUUUCCGCAGGGAAAUUACCAGGGAAAGGGGCAGGGAUGGGGAAGACAAAGCAGGGAGGAAAGUGA